GCGAUAAUGACAAUAAAAAUGAAUUAAUCGAUACAGUCCACAUGCAUAUAUAUGCAGCUUGCUUCUUCCAUCAUCCAGCUCGAUCAUAUAGUAUAUCGAUAUCCAAGCAGAGAAGAGAAGUCAGAAGUGGUGGAGGUGGAGAUGGCAAAGCUCAAGCUCUCCGGGGCAGCCGUGCUGCUCAUCAUCGUGGUGCCUCUGUUCAUGUACACGGGUGCUCUCCUCAUCGGCAUCCAGCUGGGGCGGGCGCUGGAGAGGAGGCCGGACAGCAUCAGGGUCAGCUUCACCAUCAGGGGGGCCCUCGGCUACCUCGCCAAGGAGCUUUGGGAUACCAACAAUAUUUGGGGAUCUGGAAGACGGCAAGGCAGCAGGGUAGAGCAGGUGAUGUGGGUGCCCUUUCCGGCGAGCCGCAAUCGUGAUGAAAGCUCAGCAGCUAAUAUGCAGUCGAAGCAGCAGCAGCAGCCCUACAUCCCACUGUCAUGGGUUGAAGGCCGAGAUAAUUCUAGCAGUGGUGCUAACCCCAAGGCCCACACACAUCACACAAAUCAUACUUCGCCUCGUGGCGUGAUCAGCGUUGGGCCAUGGGGUGGAUCCGGCGGGCAGGCUUUCUACAUGCACGGCCCCGUCGCUCCUCGCCUCCAUAGCAUCAUCUUGCACCACUCCGUCAGUGGCAUCCACUCCUUGGCCUGCCACUACUCCUACUCCUACUCCUUCUCCUUCUCCGGAGAUGAAGCAGCAGCCAGCAGCAACCGAAUCCGAACUGCGGGCCCGUGGGGUCGCCACCAAUCCGCAGAGUUACAUCGUGCCACGAUCAAGUUGUCUGCAGGCGAGCGUGUCACUGCAGUGGAGGGGACAAUUGGGCGUUUCGGAGGCGUCCCCGAUGUCGUCAUCACCUCGCUGACCUUCCGCACCAGCACCGGCAGGACGUACGGGCCGUACGGCAACACCGCUGCGGCGGCGGGGACGCUAUUCUCUGUGCCGGCGGCGGACGGCGCCAGCAUCGUCGGCUUCUGGGGACGCUCCGGCUGGCUUCUCGAUGCAAUUGGGGUCUACGUCAAACCCGGCCGGCGGCCGGCUACACUAUACAACACCAGGGCCCGGAGGAAUAUGAAAUAAACUAUAUAUCUUGCUUAAUUAUAUAUGCUGCAGAGACAUGCAUGUUCCCAUCCUCUGCACAAUAAAAUUAUGGAAAUCGUCCUGCUGUGUUGUAUAAUUACUAUAUGGAAAUCGUCCUGUACUGAACCUGCUACUUUGUAUCAAAUUUGUUUCGAUCUUA